UGUUUGAUCCUUGAGGUCAUUACGGGUUGUAAAUGGCGAUUGUUUCUGGUGAAAUUUCGACUUUAAAACUAUAAAAUUGCGACUCGGUUGGUUAAAAAAAUAAAUCGUGUUUUCAACCGUUUUCAUAACUCACUUUUCAAUAGAGUUUAUUAUAUUCUGACCUGGCAGAAUCUUAUUCUCUCAUGAGUGUGAUGUCUGAUAAAAAUGCUGCUCAACCUCCUCAUCAGCAGCAACAACAGCAGCAGCAACCACAGCAGCAGCCUUGGUCUUACAACAUGAACAUGUAUAACAUGUAUCAAAGCCCGUACAUGUAUCCGCAGGGGUAUGGGACUCAAGAAUAUUAUCAGUUUUACGCUCGUAUGCAAGCUGCUUAUAUGAACCAGCAGCAGAGCAGCCAGCAGUAUCGAGGAUUCGUAUCUCAAGGGCCGAUGGUACCGUUUCAAAACAUUGCGCAGACGACUCAGCCAGCGGCGCAGGAAAAUAAAGAAAAAGAAGAGACAAUGAGCGAACUUCCACCUCUCCCUCCUGGUCCUCCUCCACCGCAGCAAAACGGAUUUGUACCCGUACAAAACCAAGAUCAGAACAAUAUACAAGCGGCGAGGUCUUUCCCUCAAAACAAUACAGGUAAUUUUCAACAAGGUCCGAUAAGGUUUAUGAUGAACGUCCCACGACCUCGUAUCAAUUUGAAUCCGACGAACCCUUUUAAUCAGAACCAGGGAAGGCCGCAGGGCCAGAACCAGACGGCUGGCCAGAAGAAAAAUAAAAAGAAGAAGAAAAAACAGCAACAACAGAACCAGGCGCAUGUCACCCCGUCGUUCCCUCCGCUCCCUUCCGCCAUGCCUCCGCUUCCGCCUUCACCACCACCUCCGCCUCCUCCUCCCGUUCUAAAAGAGAACCAGAAUGAAAUUGCAAAGCAACCGCCUCCUCUACCGCCGCUUUCGCAGCAGAAUUUGCCUCAACAGCAAGGAAUCCGAGCGCUUGAAGAAUGGCCGCUUUCUCUAAGGGAUUAUGUAAAUAGAUGCUAUGCAAAAUGUGUCACUCAGAUGGAUAAAGACAGAGUGGGUGUGAUUCUCAAGGGAAAGCUUAUGAGAGCGACUAACGAUGGUACUCUUUGGGUCAAAGAUUGGUACGCUGAACCAUUACCGCUUUUGGAUAGUGAUAGUAAAGCCAUGCUAAAUUUAAAAGAAAAACUGAAGACGAGCUUAGCUGGGAGGUUGGGCCCUAAACAGAAAAGCCCUUCGCCUCCUAAGAGAAGGCAGACGAAAAGGACUUACAGAAGUGACAGUAGUUCUUCAAGAAGUAGCUCUGAUAGCUACGACCGUGACAGGAGUCGCAGCCCUAGCCCUAGGAGUCCUAAAAAACCAAGGAACAACUUGAACAAAAAAGGGCCGAGAAACCAAAAAAAGCAUACACACUACAACACACCCGUAAGAGAGAAGUCACAUUUCUACUCUGAAUUCGGCCUCAUGAACAACGAGGACAUGGUCGUUAAGAAGGAAGUCCUUGACAAACGCGCCGCUCGUUUUAACAACGUUCAGGGCCAAGCGCAACAGAACAUCUUCGCAAAAAGAAAACCUCCCGUUUUGUUCGUAUACGACACAGGUUUCAACUCGUCGCCCAACCCAAUGGGCGAUUUUGACAUAAGCGACUUGCACAUUGUCGGAACAUGCGAGGACUUGGAAAAAUCCUACUUGAGACUCACUUCAGCUCCAGAGGCUUCACAAGUGCGGCCUCCUUAUGUUUUAAUAAAAGCUCUAGACAUGGUAAAGAAAAAAUGGAGUGCAGAACGUGAUUAUCAUUACGCAUGUGAGCAGUUGAAAUCAAUUAGACAAGAUCUUACUGUUCAAGGUAUAAGGGAUAAUCUUAGUGUAGAAGUAUAUGAAACUCAUGCGAGGAUAGCUCUUGAGAAAGGGGAUCACGCCGAAUUCAACCAGUGCCAGUCACAACUCCGUAUAUUGCACAACGAGGUUGAAGAUGGCAAAUCAAACCGAGAAGAGUUCAUCGCUUACAGAUUGCUUUAUUACAUAUUCACCAAAGAAUUCAUGGACAUGAAUACGCUCAUGAGCUCAUUAAAAGACGAAGACAAAAAAGAUGAUUGUAUCAGCCAUGCCGUACAGGUUUCGAAGGCCUGGCUGAUCGGCUCUUUCCACAAGAUAUUCAAGCUGUACAAAACAGCGCCGAGGAUGUCGUCAUACCUCAUGGACCUCUUCAUGCUGAGAGAGAGGACGUUGGCUCUUAAAGUUAUAGUAAAAGCUUAUCGGCCAUCGAUACCUGUAGACUUCCUAAGAUCGGAGCUAGCGUUUGAGACAGAUUCAGAGCUUGAGGAGUUCUUGACAAGUUUCGGAGGACUAGUGUUUGUGGAUGAUACGAAGACAAAGCUAGAUUGUAAGGCGAGCUCUGUAGCCCUGAAUGUGGGAGCUUAGGAGUUUUGAAAUUUUGCUUUUUUAGUUGCCUCGUUCGCACUCGAAGAACAGAGGCUUGACCCGAGGGGGUGUACAUAAAAAAACAAAACGACCAAACAAGAAACGACAAAAAUUUUGAAAUUAUUUUUUGUUGUUUCUCCAUUUUUUUCUUGUCUUGUGAGGGUCAUAUAUUCGCAGCGAUAGAAGAAGAAAAACAACAUAGCAACUGAAAAUAACCUCAUUUAUUUGUAAAGAGGAUGAAGAUGGAGGAUGCUGUAUUUUUUUUUUUUUUUAAAUAACUAACAAAACAACGAAGAAAAGGGAGAAAAAAGAGAAAAAUUUAUUGAUUUCUUACCAACCUUUUCUGCCCACAAAGGUAAGGAUCGUUCGGUUUGAUUUGUUUCAAACCAAUGCCAAAUCGUCAAGACAGUAAGAGGAGGAAUAAGUAAUCAACUCAUCAGGAGCCGCAACGUAUCAACAUCGACCAAUCAGCCACGAUUAUUUCACGAGAGAAUAAAACCAAUAGAGAAAUCCCCGAGGGAGUUAUUCUUUUUUCAGGUAAUUUCAAAUUUUUUUAAAAAUAAAAAGUAUAAACGCACAAAAAGAAACAAUUCAUCUCGGGCGAGAGAAGAAUUCCCCGAUGGAAACAGGAGGACUACUGGAAAAUUUGAUUCGGCGUAUAUUUCAUCAUCGCCUCCUACCCCCUCGACGACGCUCCUUGACCACGAAGUAUUUUCAGUUUAUUUAAUUUUCUCUUUUCCCUUUUUCUAUUUCUUUAUUUUGCUCUAUUUUUGUUUUUGUUUGUUUUUGUUUUCUUUUUUAAAUGUAUAUAUUGAAAAUAAAAGAAACGAAAGAGGGUCUUCACAUCGAUAUCACCUCAAGAAGCACGAUUAAAUGCUUUUAUGCUGUAUAUACUUUUUUGUGUACUUAUAUUGUGUAAAAUAUAAUAUGAACAUGAA